AUGGCCAGCACAGUAAGAUGCCUCAAGGGACUCGUCGCGAAAAGAAAUGAUGCAGCGAUGAAUUGGCUGCAGGACUCCAUGCAAGCGCUCACGGAUAUACAAGCCAAGGAAAGCGCAAGGAGGAUAAAAACCUGUGAGAGGUACAUCGAGCUUCUCGAAACAUCACUGACAAAGCUAACGAAGGCCUUUGAUGAAGCUCCAGAGACCACAGAAGAGGAGGAAGAUCACUUGGACAAGUAUAUAGAAAAAACCCAGGCAACGAUAAUGAAGCUGCACGAUCAUAGGACACAGCUAGAAGAGACCCUAGAAGACAUCGGGAUAGAGGCAGAUGACCGGUCAAGCCCAUAUGCAGACACUUCUCCCAUUGAUGAAGGAGCUUCGAGAACCUUUGAACCAGAAACUGCUACAACUCUACUGUUAAGGCAAAGACAUACUGCUGCCCCUUUGCAUCCUGAAGGAACAACGAUGCACGAAUUGCGGAACUAUGACUCUAGGGAAGCUCGAGACUUGAUGCAAAUGAUGAAUCAGCAUUUCGAGACCCUUGUGCGGGAAAUGGAGAACGGAUUCAAAGCCAUCCGAGAAGAAAUCAACAGGCACCAUGAUAAGACACAAGGUGUAAACGCUCACAGGGAGCAUCCAACCUUAGCAAGGACUAUGCAGCCAAGGGACAAAGUGAAGAGAGGACAUGUCAAGAAUCGCAGACUUCGGGGAAUAUCCCUUACGACUUCGCAAAGAAGGUCAAACACAGUAACCAGCCUGCAAAAGGAAAGGAGCAGUAAAGAACUACGAAGAAACAUCGCACUGGCAUCCGAGGAAACACAGAAACAGCUCAAACCGAGUUCUUUGCAUGGUCAGAGAAUACAAACAUUGGCGCGAAGCAAGGAGAAGGAGACUCAGAAGUGGGUCAAAAGGAAAAAACCGAAACCAGCUUUACGCGUUUUCGCUGGACACGCCGGAGCAUACGAACUCCAUUCGUAUCAAUUUACGCGCCCUUCGAGACACGGAGCAAAGCACAGCAACGCGAGAGAGAGCACUUCCGACGAGAAAUACGGACAGGGUCAGAGGCAAGCCCAUACACGUCCCAAAAAUAGGACAGUGGAUACAAUUCGGAAACUUGCACGACGAGAAGAGUCACAGAGUGCUGGUGAAAAAGCAAUAACAGUUUUGGAGCGCGAGUCCGAUGAUGUACAGCUUUCUUUUAAUGGCUGGACGAUCAAAAGAAAGAAAUAUCAUGGGAAAACUAAACUAACAAAAGAAAGAGAAGCCAAAUAA